GACAGACCGUGUUCACUCAACGUUUGAAGGUCUUCUUGCCCAUCUGAACCAUUUAUACGGGCGUAGUACUACAAGGCCACUACCACGCCGGAUCUCCUGCAAGCUCCUGCACCAUCGGCUUCAUCCAGUGUUCAGAAUCUCUCCCGUAUUCGAAGACCCCUGCAGCUUGACCGAGCAUUUACGGAACUAACAUGUAAUAUGAUACCCACCACCGCAAAUCCACAGCACAGGAAACCCGCCACCAGGAAAUUUUUGGCACCUCCUGUAAAAGUGGCAUGUUUAGAAUGUCGUGCUGCACGCACUCGAUGCAAUGGUAAAACACCAUGUGCAAAUUGUGCCAAUCGAGGUUGUGAUUGCGUCUAUACAGCAAGCAAGAGAGGUGGUGCAAGAAGACGCAAGAAGAACAACAAUAGCGAAGGUCAUAUAGAACAAUCGCCACCAAAUGAGCUCCUUACUGGUCCAGCUCCGGUGGUUUCAUUGGCCACCCCUGGUGCUGGUCUUCUCCAAAGCGAUGAACAAUUGGACUUUGAUAUGGACUUCGACUUUGACCCAAACAUACAAGGGAGUCAAGAACCUUUAACAAUGAACGAAGGAUUCUUACCGCAAAAUAUUUUAGAAGAUUCCUUUCGAAUGGAGACAGAAACACCUGUAGUAAAAACUUAUGCUAACGAUGAGGAUAUUUUAAGCGCAUACUAUGUUUACAUCCAUCCAUAUUUCCCUGUUCUUCCACCCCCUUUGAUUAACCAAGCUGUUGAUAAAUGGGAAACUGGGGUACAAGGACCAAACGAUAUCCUAUUUCAUAGCAGGAGUAAUCCACAAUUUCAAUCUGCUUCCCCGAUGACCCUUGCGAUCUGUGCACUUCUUGCACUAAUUCCACAUCCUGAUGAUCCAACCCCCACAUCUCCAGAAUCUAUUCUACUUCGUAGAAAUCAAGCGCAAGUCUUCGCCCAGUUGGCGAUUGAUGGCGUUGAGAUUGAGAAUGAGAUGAUAGAGUCUAUAGUGGACCCUGGGGAGGCUCUAAGCGCCCAAGAGAUGCAGAUAUAUCGCAGACAAAUCCACCCACAAGUAAGGUUGGAGGCAGAGAGUACAAUCGCACUGCUGUUACUAUGCACUUAUGAAUAUUCCCAACGAGGGAAUAUUUCGAAGAUGCGCAAGAGGUGUGGACAAGCUUUGGUAUCUGCCAUGGACUUGGGAUUGCAUUCAAAGGACAAAGAGGACUACCCAUAUGCCGAAUCAGAUAGACGAGUAUGGUGGAUGACGUACGUCUGCGUUUGCCAAGGCUCUAUACUUAGUUGCAUGGCUCCCUCUAUUCUCCUCUGCGAUCCAAGAUUCACGACGCCACUUCCAACCUUUGGGUCUGAUUCGGAUGCUUGGGAUGUCUUUCUUGAGGCACAAAGGGUGAUUGCCACAGCAACACAAUUCGUGAUUGAUCUCGAGUCAUCUUUGAAAUCAGAAUCUCAUGAUCUGAAACUCUGGGAGACAAUGGCAGGAUUAGAAAGGACCAUUGAGCCGCUGGUUCAAAAUGCAGAAAAGUGGUCCUAUGGAAACGUGGAUGACAUGGAACCAUCAGAGAGCGUCGUCGCAAAAAGCCUGCGGAUGAUGACACGUAUCAAGUUGAAUAGCGCAAGGAUUAAGAUCCAUCGAUAUUGUGCAUUCUCUGAUAUGCCGGUCUUCACAAAGAAGCAUUGUGACUUGUCUUCUACCCCUUCUGCUGGGCAAAAUCCAGGUACCGCCUGCGGUUGUAGCAACAACCUACAGCAGGCCACAGCCACUUUAGCGCUCAGCCCUGGUAUCUUGAAUUCCCCAAUACCUGAUGAUAUUUCUGUUUUUGACUCCCCGAUCCUGCCAUUCAGUGGUCGAUUUUCUUCAAAGGUAUGCAUGCAAUCCGCAUUCAACAUCGCCCAAUCUUUCCGUGCUUUGCCAUUACCACGGCCUUCAGACCCUAGAAAUGCUUCCUAUUGGAACAGCACUAGACAAACAAAUCUACCUCGCAUGAUGCCAAUAUUUGCCUGCUGCAGCAUGCAAGCAAGUUAUUCAAUGAUUAUGCUUUGCCACAAGACUCUUGCAAUUAAGCAAGCUAGUUCUUUUGAAGAUGGACUCAGGAGGAGAACUGAUAAACUGUUGUUUCAAUUGCACGAGGGCAUCAGAAUGAUCCUGGAUGCAUUGGAGAAUUACUCAACGGCCAAUGAAGCUUUGAAGGGAAUGCGAGAUCAAAUACGUAUGGCGGUAGAUUCCGUUGCGGCUGUUCAAUGAUAAUCUUCGGACUUCUUUUCCAUUAGCGGCUGAAUAGUACAAUAAAUAAAAUUUAUACAAUUCUUUUGGGAAUCGUGCUCAUGAGACUGGAGUCGAUAUUCUGGCGAGGUCAAAUUGGACCGGUGUAACAUGAACUGUACUUAACCGACGUGGGAAAAUCCGAAUCUCAAAAAUGAGCGCUCAUAAGGGAUGUAUCGAUUUGAUUAACAUUAUGAUAAUUCUUGCCUCCACCGGUGGAUAUCAAAUUUUCAGCUCUAGGCGGCUUUUCCCAGUUUUUCGGUUCCAUCCAGGAAUUUGGCUGUCUGGUCAGGUCUGAUCUGUCCCUCAUCAUACCACCAAACACAACCCACCUUAAAUUUUUAAGUAAACGCA